GUUCAUGUGUGGAUGUCAGGGAACAACUGGUAGGAGUCAGUUCUUUUCUUCCAUUAUGUUGAUCUCAGGAGGGAACUCAGUUCAUCAAGUAUGGUGGCACCAUUACCUGCUGAGCCAUUUUGCUGACCUUUGUUGUUAUUUUAUAUGACAGAAAUCCUGGCCAAGGCUAAUCCACAUAGCAGAAUUUAAAGUGCAUAUUGCUAUGCUUCGCACAGGCAAUGUGUGCAUUUACAGGUAUAUGUAAGUUAUUCUGCUUAUAUAACUGAAAGGUGACAUCCAUCCAAAUAAGGCCCUCAUUUCCUCCUCUCCACUUAUGCCACCUUUCUAUUCAUAACUUUAUGAGAUUGACUGAUGUAACUAUCUCAUGCACAUGGGUGGGAUUGUGCAACAUUUUAAUUACACAGGCAUCCUGAGAUCCAAGUGGAUCAUGGCUCCACCGUAUUGUUUAACCCCCAAGCAGCUGCAUUAAAGGGGCCAUGAUUUGGGUGUGCAAGGUCUGAAAAAGAAAGUAAAACACAGGUUUUCUUAUUUUUUUAAUGCUCAGAUUUAUUUAUUUUAUGUGUGAGUGUUUUACCUGCUUGUACGUAUGUGCCCCAUAUGUGUUCCACAGAGGUCAGAGGAAGGGUUCCUAUCCCUGGAAUUGGUGUUCCAGAUGUAAGCCACAAUGUGGGUGAUGGAAGCCAAACCUGGGUGUACUACUAGAGCCUGUGCACUUCCUACUGAGCCAUCAGUGCAGCUGCAGCCAAGUAUUCUUAACAACUAUUUUGGAGAAGGAAGCAGUCACAGCACAUGAAACAGCAAAAUGAUACUCAAAAUUCACAGUUUCUUCUCCUGGGCCUUUCAGAAGACCCAGAACUGCGGCCCCUUUUAUUUAGGCUCCUCUUCUCCAUGUACCUUGUGACCAUUUUGGGGAAUCUUCUCAUCAUCCUGGCCACGAUCUCAGACGUCUGCCUGCAUACAGCCAUGUACUUCUUCCUCUCCAACCUGUCCUUUGUGGACAUUUGCCUAACUUCCACUACCAUCCCAAAGAUGCUGGUGAAUGUUUAUGCACACCACGAGGCCAUAACAUAUGAAGGAUGCAUCAUGCAAAUUUACUUCUUUUCAUUAUUUGUAGGGCUAGAUAACUUCCUCCUGGCUGUAAUGGCUUAUGACCGCUUUGUGGCCAUCUGUCACCCCCUGCGCUACACAAGCAUUAUGACACCUCAGCUCUGUGUGUCGCUAGUUCUGGUGUCUUGGAUCACAAGCUCCCUGAAUUCUUCAUUACAAAGCUCCCUGGUGCUGCAGCUCUCAUUCUGUGCUGAUGUGCAAAUUCCACAUUUUUUCUGUGAACUUAGUAUGCUGGUUCACCUUGCCUGUUCUGACACCUUUUUAAAUGAUAUGGUAAUGAAUGCUUUAGCUGCACUCCUGGGUGGUGGUUGUCUCGCUGGCAUCCUUUACUCUUAUGGCAAGAUAGUGUCCUCCAUAUGUGCAAUCUCCUCAGCACAGGGGAAGUUCAAAGCAUUUUCCACCUGUGCAUCUCACCUUUCUGUUGUCUCCUUAUUCUAUUGUACCCUUCUAGGAGUGUACCUCAGUUCUGCUGUGACCCAAAACUCACACUCCACUGCAAUAGCCUCAUUGAUGUAUACUGUAGUCACCCCCAUGCUGAACCCCUUCAUCUAUAGUCUGAGGAACAAUGACAUCAAGAGAGCUCUGAAGAACUUUGUGAGAAAAAAACUAGAAAAGUGAUUACUGUCUUGGGUCUUAUGUUUUGAAACAAGAAAUUCCAGUUUAAGAGCUGAACAUUCUGAAAUCUCUUAUUCUCUUUCUCUUGAACAUGUAUACCAACCACACUCCCAAAGCUAAGGGAUCAUUUUGGAAGAAAGGAUAAAAGUAUAAGAGCCUGAGGCAGUGGAUGACUACAAGGGAACAUUGUCUUCUGGACCCAACAAGACAUCUGCAUAUAUGAACUCACAGAAGUUGCAAAAUUACACAUAAAAUCUGUACAAAUCCAAGUCAGAUUAAACCUAAGCAAAGAGAGGGGAGGUGGCACACAAUUCCACCACAAGUGGUGUAGUUAUUUUUAGUUGCUUGGAGAAGGAGAGACAGUUUUUGCUAAAAGUGUAUACUCCUGUAAGUUGAUCACUCUCCAGUGGAAGGCCACACAUGCAAAAGUAUUUAGGCAGCACAAAUUAGUCUCAAAGGGUUUAAAAAUAAAAGGACACAAAUUUGUAUAGAUAUGGAAUGGGGAAUUUGAUCUGUAAAGAACUGAAGAAGGGGCCUCAUAUGACCAAAACAUGUAAAACUCCCAGAGAAUUAAUAGAAGAGAAGUUUCAUUUUGGGGUAAGAUGACAGAAGUAGGGAUUGUUGUUUGUAUGUGUUUACUGUAGUUUUCAUUUAUUUGAUUUCAAUUUUUCUGUGAAGUAGGUAAUUCAUCUGUAAGCAUGCUGCUUCUCCCAGCACCUAAUUUUCUCUUCUACAACUUUCACACUUUCUCAAUGUUGUUUUCAGUCUGAAAAAAUGUUAAUGCUUUUAUUACUUUAUAAAUAAUACAAGUCAAAGUUUCCACUUCCUCCCCUCCUCCCCCACUUUCCUCUCCCUCCCCCCACACCUUCCAGUCCUAAGAGAGGGCAAAGUACCCUGCCCUGUGGGAAGUCCAAGGCCCUUUCCCCUACAUCACAUCCAGGCUUAGGAAGGUAAGGCCUUUCCCUCUACAUCCAAGCUUAGGAAGGCAUACAUCCAAAUAGAACAGGAUCCCAAAAAGCCAGUACAUGCAGUAGAGACAAAUCUCAGUGUAAUUAUCAUUGGCCCCUCGGUCUGCCCCAAUUGUCAGCCACAUUCAGAGGGUCCAGUUUGAUCCCAUACUCAUUCAGUCCCAGUCCAGCUGACUUUGGUGAGCUCCCAUUAGCUCAGGCACACUGUCUCAGGGGGUGGACCAAUCCUUCAUGAUCCUAACUUCCUUGCUCAUAUUCUCCCUCUUUCUGCUCUUCAACUGGACCUUGGGAACUCAGUCCAGUGCUCUAAUGUGGGUCACUGUCCCUAAUUAACAUGAAAGAUAUAUUAUGGUAUUUUCAAAACAAAGUAUGCUUUAGUAGAUUUUCCUUCCCCAUCUCUGCCACACACUGUCACCUCUAAUAGACUGUGUAACAUCCCUCAAUCUUUUUCUCUUUCAUGUUGCACAUGUCCUUUAACAUAUCCCCAUCUUUCCUCACAAUCUGACUUUACCAUCUCUGGAUCUCCUUUCAUUGAUGAAUAAUUUGCAUUAAUGCCAUGGAAAAGAAAGUUAUUUUUCUUGUGAUAUUACUAAAACAUAGUCUGUGCUGUGCUUCUCCUCUGUGCUCCUUCCACUGAGGGUGCACUCACAUCUGACAAUGAAGGUCAUUUGCAUAGAUGAUGACAGCUAUGAUUGUGCAAGCCCUUCUUGCCUUCUUACAUCUUUUCCUGACUCUGCAUCUUGCAGACUUCUGUGCUUUGUAUCUCAGUAAGGAAUUUUCUUAGCUUCAUGGAGAUUUUGCUCUCUUUUUCAUUAUAGCUAUUAGGAGAAGCUUAUGAUCAAAUGUAUGUCAUGAGAAAAACAAAUUUUUAAUAAGUUAAUUGCUUUGGCCUCAGAAUGGCAGUGGACCUGAUACGUGAUGAUUUAAACACAUGCAUCAUAAAUUCAAUCUCGGUAAAAACAUUUCUUUGUUAUACAAUAAAUAUAGUCAUUGAAAUAUAAAAGAUCUGCCAUAUUAAAUAACUAUUCUUUGAAUACUAAUUGAUACAUUCAAAAAGGAUUUAUCUGUGUCUAUGCGAGUCUGUGUUUGGGCUUGUGUACAUGACUGCAUGAGCCAAAGACCCGAAGAUGGUUUCAGAUUUCCUGGAGCUGGAGUUAUGAGAAGUUGUGAGCUUCCUGAAUUCAGUAGUAGACACAAAACUCAGGUCCUCUGAAAGAGCAACAAGUAUCCUAAACCACUGAGUCAUCUCUCAGCCCCUGAAUGACAUGUUUAUAUUAUGCUAGUAGUAGUAGUAGUAGUAGUAGUAGUAGUAGUAGUAGUAGUAGUAGUAGUAGUAAAGUUAAUAUUUUGGUAUUGCUCUGGAACUCCCAUUUUCCCCAGAUACCCAAGUGAUCUUAAGUUCUAAGUAAAAUGUAAAAUUUCUCACCAUUCUGAAUUUUGCAAUUUUCAGUAGAAUGAAAAAUAUCAGUGUUAUUUAUUAUGUGUCUUCUUUAGGCUUCUAUCUUCAUGGCAAAAAUAUAAUCUGUAAGAGAGCCUAAUUUCCUGUCCAGUCAUAUAAUUUUGGUUCACUAGCUUU